AGAACUAGUGCCAUCCCUGGACAAAGCCGAUAAGUCGGCCACGUCAUUUUAAACUCUCUUCUCUAAGAAGUUUUUUGAGGAAGCGGCAAAGCCCUCAGUUUUCUACUCGUUGGCAAAUUAGGCGAAAAGUAAUUUUGGCGUGCGUUCCGAGACGCAGCGAAAGGGUACAAAACAAACAAGCAGCCAACCGGACAGACAAGUAGCCAAGUCGGCGGAUUAGGUCAGGAUGAAUAUCUUUCGCUUUGCUGGAGAUCUAUCGCAUGUGUUUGCCAUCAUAAUACUGCUGCUGAAAAUAUGGAAGACCCGUUCGUGCGCCGGAAUAUCGGGCAAGUCGCAGAUCCUGUUCGCCGUAGUCUACCUGACGCGGUACCUGGAUCUGUUCACAACUUACGUGAGCUUGUACAACUCGGUGAUGAAGGUGCUGUUCCUGGCCACGUCCGGUGCCACCGUGUACCUGAUGUACGUCAAGUUUAAGGCCACCUACGACCACAACCACGACUCGUUCCGCAUCGAAUUCCUGCUGGUGCCGUGCGCCCUGCUCGCGUUGGUGAUCAACCAUGAGUUUACCGUGAUGGAGGUGCUAUGGACCUUCUCGAUCUAUCUGGAAUCGGUGGCCAUUCUGCCGCAACUGUUCCUCGUGAGCAGAACCGGCGAGGCCGAGUCCAUCACUAGCCACUACCUCUUCGCCCUGGGAUCAUACCGCGCACUCUACUUGCUCAACUGGGUCUACCGGUACAUGGUCGAGUCGCACUACGACCUCAUCGCGAUCUUCGCCGGAGUUGUCCAGACUGUUUUGUACUGCGACUUCUUCUACUUAUACAUUACCAAAGUUCUUAAGGGCAAGAAGCUCCAGCUGCCGGCAUAAGCGGAUGCACUUGCAUAGAUGUGGGGCAUUUGUUUUUUGUCGGUACACAUCAUCAAUCGAGGUCAGAGUAAACAAGCGAGCGAUCCACGGGCCGUUUGACAACGCGUAUUUCGUUCAUAUUAUACAAAAGAUACAGAAUCGAGGGGAGCGCCUAAGUUGUAAUUAUUUUAUGAGAAAUAAACCGAAAAUCGAAAGUAAA